AUGCUACAUAGCAGGGAUUUGAUUAAGCAACAUGUAUGGUACAUAAUAGGAGAUGGGAAGAAUGUAUCAAUGUGGUAUGAAAAAUGGUGUUUAGAGGGUCCAUUGAGUAAUUUCAUUACUAAAAGAAUGCUAUAUGAUGCAAGAAUGGAUGCUGGAUGGGAGGAGAGGUUUAAUAUUCUUAAGAAUAUUAAAAUCCCUAGUCUGCAGAUGGACAAAAAGGAUGAAUUAAUGUGUGUUACUAGAGAUAAUUUGCAAAUGAAAUUUAAUACUAAGCAAGCAUGGCAGGAUUUAAGGAAUAAUUGGCCAAGAGUUGAGUGGAAUGAUCCUAUUUGGUUUAAACAAUUUAACCCAAUACAUGCAUUUAUUUUAUGGCUUGCAGUGCAGGGAAGACUGAUGACUUUGGAUAGAAUUGAUAAAUGGAAACAGAAUGGUGUUGUGCAGUGUGGUUUAUGCAAGUCUGGAGAUGAAACCCAUGAGCAUUUAUUUUUUAAGUAUAAUUUCACUGAGCAAAUAUGGAGGAGUCUUAGGUCCUUCAGUUGGAAUUUGAGAAAUGUGAAUUCUAUACAGCAGAUGGUACAGGAGAUUGCUAAGAAUAAAGGACACAAUAAUAUUGGAAGUGUGGUUAAUAAACUAAUAAUUGUAGCUGCAGUGUACUAUACUUGGCAAGAGAGGAAUAAUAGAAUCUUUAAAAUGAAGAAGAGGAAUGAGGAAGCAGUGUGCAACAUUAUCAAAGAAAGUGUUAGUGUUAAAUUGAUUUCUCUGAAAAUUAAGAAUACUGAGAAUGUGAGCAGGAUUGGUGAGCAGUGGAGUUUGAGGUGGAAUGAUUUCUGUUUUGUGGCUGUUUGA